GGGGCACUGCCUGCUGUUGCUGAAGGUGGAAAGCGCAGCCAACUAAACUUCUGCAUGUGACAUUGACAUCAACAGAGGCACCAUGAGGCUGACCACUCUCCUGUCAAUGGCAGUCAGGGUUAUUAUACCCAAGGACUACCGGUACGGCACCAACAGACCGUGGACUAUGGCUGCUAAAAGGUUGAAUCCAGCGGGGAAGAGGAGGAGAAAGGUGUUCGUGGAGCCUAUGGCACCGGAAGACUGGACUGUCGUCAAAGGAGACAGGGUAGAGAUUCUUGCAGGGAAGGACAAAGGGAAGCAGGGAAAAGUGAUCCAAGUCUUCAGACACAGAAACUGGGUUAUCCUGGAGGGACUUAACAUUCAUUACAGGUUCUUGGGACGAACUUCAGAUUAUCGUGGGACCUACAUUGCCAGUGAGGCUCCCCUUCUGCUGCGCGAUAUCGCCCUCAUUGACCCCUCCGACAGGAAACCCACUGAAGUCGAGUGGAGAUAUACAGAAGAGGGUGAGAGAGUCAGAGUAUCGGUGAGGACAAGUCGAAUCAUUCCUAAGCCUAUCGUGGAGCGAAAAGACAGCAUUGUGCCAGAGCAGUGGAAAGAUGGUCCCAAAGACACCAGUCCUUCAGACACUUUAGAAAAGACUUAUGUACCAUCUCUGAAAACACUGGAGGAAGAAGUCAUGGAGAAGCUGGGUAUUCAGGAGAACAGACGGCAAAGAACCUCAUUCUGGUACUGAGCAGAGAAACACUCUGUCCCCUCGUUGAUUCACAGAGUUUUCACAACAUCACCGAAGAUACCUUGUGUCAGCGAAAGUCGUGCUGAAGGACAUUGUGUCAGAGUGGCAUGAGUUAGACUUUUGGACAGUAAAAUACUGGUGCAACACACAAAGUGUUGAGGAAACAGGUUUGUGAAAAUCUCAGAGGUGAAACAGAUGCAAACAAAGCUGACGACAAAUGUGUAACUUAAAUGUUUCUGAAAGUUGUGUCUUUACAAUAUAAUAAAUACAUGUCACGUGAACCAA